GCAAUCUGGUCCGAACUUCUUCAAGGAAAUUAAUCGAAAUUGACAUAACAGGUUUAUAUAUAAAAGGAACAUCUUUUGGUUUUAAAAACUUUGUCCAAUCAUGAUUUAUAAAACAAAUAUUAACGUUGGAAUUACUUAUUUCAAUAUCGCUGAGAUUUUACAAAUAUAAUUUUUUACAAAUGUCUACUUCUCACUCGGCACCCAAAUAUUAUAGAACUAUUCUGUCAAAUCUUGACUACAGUUCAUUUGAUUUAUUUUGUAAUCGAAUUAAAUUAACAAAGAAACUAUGUAAUUGGCACAAUCAUCGUGUUUCCACUCUCCGUUGUCUGCAGAAGAAUGCGUAUCCUAAAUUCCUAGCUGUCCAGUCACCUGACAACUUCAGUAGGUCGAAUAAAGCAGCUCAACUUUCAGAAAGAAGACAAAGUAAUAAGUUUGACAGGGUGCUUCAACUAAACUCUAAUCCUAAACACCAUAAUUUUGAAAAUACGUCUAAUCAUAAAAUUCUAGAUACUAACAGUUUGAACAGACAUGAAGGUGUGAUGUUAGAUGACGCAUAGGAAAUCCUGAUUAAUAAAUAAGAAUGGAUAUGUAUCACUAACUAAUAAUACUUGGUUAAACUUUCCUAACUGUCUAUAUCUACUUAUGGAGACGUCAAGACAUUGUUUUACAACUGUUUAUCCGCACACAUACACACUGUGUAUGUGUUUAACAAAG